AUGGCUAUGCUCGUGAAUCCCGCACUACUUCAAACUCCCAAGCCCCUGAAGAGCGUCGGCACAGUGACAAGUACAAGCACCGUGGGCGCGACUACUCUCCCCGUUCAAGCCGCCGUGACCGUAGCAUCACGUGCGCCAAUCGCAUACACCCACCCCGCGUCUUGCCUCUCCUCAGACCCCUGUAAGGCGCCGCUCCCGCUCGAGGUCCCGCUCCGUCUCGUCGGACAGCUCCUCUUCUGGGUCAGACAGCUCCUCUGCCGAGCACGACUCGCGUCGCUCAGGCUCCAAACACGGCAGUUCCCGAUACAGCCACCAUCGCGAACGCAGUCGGAGCCCUCGUCGUGGCCGCGACCGAGACUACGACCGUGA